CGCGGGGGAUUCAAGGGGCCAGGACAGGAUUAGGAUAAGGGUUAGGAUGAGGAAAGGUAUUGGGAUAUGGUAAAGGGCCAGGAUUAGGGAGGUAAUGAUUGAUGAUCCUAUUCCUAAAUGUGUCAAGAGUUGGACUAUUAUCUACAUGAGAUGGGAGAUGAUUCCACUCUUGGAUGCUGCGGGGAAAGAAUGAAUAUUCGAAUAUACUAGCAUAGUAGUGUGUAAGGGCAACUAUCAUCUGGGCAACGAACAACUGGGGGACUCCUACUGCUCGUUCACCUGAAGCUGUUCAACGCCGCGAACAACUGCAGAGGUCAACUACAGAGGUGCAGCAAACGACCUGCUACACUUACACUGCUCGUUCACCUGACGCUGUCCAACGCCUCAGUCGACCGAACCACUGAGGCUUCUCAACCCGCUGUGGGAGGCGACUUGGUGGGCGACCAGCACUUUCAUCUGCAGACAGCAGCUGGGCCUCGCUCCGAACACUUAAUUCUGCUUCGGCUCCAGCUCUGCUCUCACUCGGGUUUCCUCAGAACCGUGGGCUGGUUCUGGGUGCCUCACCUCUCUCCUCUCCACACAUUGGACUCCCGUUACUGCCGUGACCAUGACGCCCCUUCUCCUCCUGCGCCUCCCUCGUCUACCACGUCUACACCACUUCAAGGAUGAAGCUGUGCUGCCUCGUCACUGCCACUCCAAGGACGGAAUGCAAGAAGAGGAAGAAGCCGUGCAAAGGAUCAUUGCUGAGUCCGGCGUGCUGAAGCCUUCGUGUUGGAGACUUCAGUGUUUGUGAGGCUUUAGAGAAACUGUAUUAACACAGUAAAAAACAUCCCAAAUGAACACCACUGAGUGGCAGGAUUCAAACCCGGGCCUUCUGACUAGAAGUCAGGGCAGCAUACCCAUCAGUGGUCUGGUCAGUAUGCUGCCCUGACUUCUAGUCAGCAGGCCCGGGUUCGAAUCCUGGUACUCAGUGGUGUUCAUUUGGGUUGUGAGGCUUGAUGUGGGUUUCUUUAAUUUAUUUAAAGUAAAUUGGUGUCUAACCAUUUAUGUUGUUUGUUAUCCCCCUUCUGAUUACAGCACCCAACUCUGGAAUCUUGACAUGCGGUGGCCUCACCAGGAUUGGGUCAACUGCUAAUCGGAAGGGUUGGCUUGUUAAGUCGCCUUUGCAUGCCACUUGCUGUCUGUGGCCCAGAAGUAAGUGUUAAUCCUUCACUGUUCUUCUGUGGCUGUUGUAUGCCCAUGGUGGGAUUUGUUGGUGCUGCCAUAGCACUUUUUCAGUCCUUGUGCUGCCUUGUUACCCAAUCACUUUUUGAGUAUUGGGUGUUACUGCACCUCUUAUACCUUUUUGCAGGGUUUGGCUAAUCUUUUUUCGUUGUUUUCCAUAUUGUGUUUUGGGUUCUUCACAUUUGUUUGGGUUCGUGUCUAUUUUAUCUUGGUCCUGUUUUAUCUGUUGGAUUUUCUUUGUCUGGUACUAAUUGUUAUUUUUCUUUAUUGUUCUUUAUUGGUGUCAUUGUCUGUUUUGUUUAUUUUUUGCUUUGCUGUCCAUCUUAAUCAUGUCCAGUUUCCAGGCAUUUAGAGCUCAGGCUGUAGCCUUGGAGCUGGAGGGUCAGGAACUCAGCCGCUACGCUGUCCAGCAGCAAGUCAUCGAGAGGGCCAAGUGCACGACCGAGAGAGAGGAGAAGCGACUCCUGGCCGAGCGAGAAGAGAAGCGCCUCCUGGCCGAGAGGGAGAAAGAAGGGAAGCACCUCCUGGCUGAGAGGGAGAAAGAAGAGAAGUGCCUCCUGACUGAGAGGGAGAAAGAAGAGAAGCACCUCGAGGGAGAAAGAAGAGAAGCACCUCCUGUCCAAGAGGGAGAAAGAAGAGAAGCACCUCCUGGCUGAGAGGGAGAAAGAAGAGCAGGCUGCCAAGAGGGAGAAAGAAGAGCAGGCUGCCAAGAGGGAGAAAGAAGAGCAGGCUGCCAAGAGGGAGAAAGAAGAGCAGGCUGCCAAGAGGGAGAAAGAAGAGCAGGCUGCCAAGAGGGAGAAAGUAGAGCGGGCUGCCGAGAAGGAGAAAGUAGAGCGGGCUGCCGAGAGGGAGAAAGAAGAGCGGGCUGCCGAGAGGGAGUUCCAACUCGCCAAGAUUCAAGAGGAAAAAGAGAUAUAACUCGCCCGUGUCGUCGCCCAGGGGAAAACGGCUUCUCCUUCCUGCGAGAACGUGCGAGGACCGAAAUUGCCCACCUACCAAGAGGGAGAGGACAUCAACAACUACCUCGUCCGCUUUGAAAGGGUGGCUGAACUUCUGCGGAUCGACAAGGACAGCUACGCCGCAAGGUUGGGUUGUCUCCUCACGGGUAAGGCCACUGAACUGUAUACUUCUCUGUCAGCUGACAUAACCGAAGAUUAUGCUCUCUUGAAGAAAGCUCUCCUCACUGGGUUCAGUAAGAUGGCGGACAACUACCGUCAAGACUUCCAUCACGCCCGGAUUAGAGUUGGGAAGAGCUACCAGCAGUUCUUCAUCCACCUGACCCAGUUGUUCCAGGCGUGGUUGGAGGCCUAUGACGUCCUCUGCACUUUUGAAGCGCUCCGGGAGUUUAUGCUCCUGGACCAGUUUCUAACUAAUCUUACCCCAGACUUGAGGAUCUUCAUCAAGGAGCGCCGGCCAAAAGAUCUUCCCGACGCAGUGAGACUUGCAGACAAUUGGUCGUCUGCCUGCAACGCCUACCCUAAGGCUUCCUCUCCUAGUUCCCGAGACCCCUCUAAGGCUGCUUCGCCCACAAAAUCUUCAGAGCCCUCUCAAGGAACCACCACCAAGACCUCUGCCCAGCCUAGCACAGCAACCGUGAAGUGUCACCAAUGCGGGGAGGAAGGCCAUGUAUGUCCACGCUGCCCAAAGAAUACCCGCGCCUUCAAAGAUGUCGAACCUGCUAAACCAUCAUAUCAGGUAGGCUUUUGCCUAAGGGACAAAAGUGUCCCAAAGUUUUCCAUUUGGGGCACUGUUAAUGGAUCUUGGAAUUCCAACAUCAUCAGGGAUACUGGCUGUUCCUGUGUAAUUGUCUCUGAAGACUUACUACCUGAUGUAGAUGUUGAGAGUUGUCCAAAGGCCUCACUUGCUGACUACCUAGGAUGGGUGGACAAGUUUCCCAUGGUGAGGUGCCACUUUAGCUGUCCCUACUUCACCGGUUGCACUGAGGUGGUACGAGCUCCUAUCAAGUUUGUUGGGGCCCUCAUCGGAAAUGUCCCUGGGGUAAGGAAUCCCCAUGACCCUGACUCUUCUCAAUCUCCAUCUAAUUCUUCCAGUUCAUCCUCAUCUUCAAAGUUGCAGCGAGGGAUUUCUACUCCUUGUGUUCUGACGUCCCCUGCAGCCAUCCGGGUACACGCAGCUACCACCUGUGCUGGUAGGUUGAAGAGGCUUCAUCCGCUUGUCCUUCCGGAACCUCUACCUCCUUCAGUAACCCCUCAAGACUUCGCCCAGCUUCAAGCCUCAUGUGCCUCCUUAGCAGCGAUACGUCAGAAAGCAGCUUCUGGACAAGUCGACAGAGCCAGGAACGAGUCAUCCUUCAAGUACCUGUACCUCCACAGGCUACUCUACAAGAAGUGCCUCACCUCCCAGCUUUCCAACAAGAACCACUUCCCCAAGUCGCCAUCGACCUCGUUGGACCCUUGUCUCCACCAGCUAUGGAAGGACCUCUUCUCAGCCCCGUUCCCGUAGUGGAGGAGCCAUCACCUGACGGCAGCUCCACUGAACUUCCCAUCGAUGAACCACUUAUGGACUACCGGGAUGUACUCUCCACCCCGUCUAGCACUGUACGUCAAUGAUUCAGCAGGUCAGCAGGACAUCAUCCGGGUGUUGAGAUGGGCCUGGGGUCUACCGGCCUACAGGUACCGGGUCGUCCAUAUGGCAGGGAAGGAUAAUGUGGGGCCAGAUUUAUUGAGUAGACAUCAUCAUCAUCAUCAUUUCAUCGACGCCUGCACCUAGGAGCUCCCACCAGGGGAUGGCCACGGCAGAAGAGCUUCCAUCUUUCUCUAUCCAGACAUUCCCUCCUUGCCUGCUCAAAGUUUUUCAAAGAUCUUUCCCCCCUCUCCCUAACGUACUCUUGCACCCAAUCCCUCCAUUUCACUGGAGGUCGUCCUCUAGCAUUCCCUCCUUCUAUCUCACUCACAUACACCUUUCUGGUCAUCUUACUCCUCCAUUCGCUCCAUGUGGCCAAACCACUUUAAAGUCUGUCGCUUCACUUCUUCCACCACUCCACACUUCUUCCCUUCACCCCCGUGACACAUUCCAAAACGCUCGUAAACACUUUCAUUACUCAUUCCAUUCAUUCUACUCACACCACAAGCACUCCUCAAAUACCUUAUUUCCACUGCCUGCACUCAGACCUCCGACUUUCAUUCCAGGCCCACGUUUCACUUGCAUAUGUGAGGGUUGGUGCUAUUAUUGUAUUUCUCAAAUCCCUCUUUACCUCCAUGCUCACACUUCUGCCAUUCAUGAUUCGUCCCAAAGACCCUACCACCCUUCCUCCUUGCAAUGCCCUUUCUCUUAUCUCUCCCUCCGUACCACUAUGCUUACACAUAACUGAUCCAAGGUACUUAAACUCAUUGACCUCCUCCAUUUCUUCACCAUUCGAAAUUAUUUUGCAUUCUUUUUCACAUUUAAUUCCCACUCUAUAUGGGCAUACAAAAUCUACAACCUCACUUCUACUUUGCUCACAAACCAUCAUUUUACUUUUGUUGACAUUUACUUUCAGCUUUCUCCUUUUACAGACACUAUCAAAAACACUGACCAAAUUUUGUUGUUCACUUUCAUUUUCUGCAAUGAGCACCGUGUCAUCAGCAAACAGUAUCGAAUUCAGUACCCACUUCCUUCCCUCAUCGAACAGUCUUACUCCAACUUCUCCAACUUUGCCCUUAAUUUCUCUAAUAACUUCCUGCAUAAGUCACUCCUCCUGUGUCUCCUCGCCCAUUUCCCCCGUUUUAGUUUAUUGGCUUAUGUUCUUUUUCUUUUCCACUUGGUAGUAGUUUGUUGAAUCUACCUGGAGUAGAUUCUUGUAUGGGGGCCUGUGUGAGGGCAACUACCAUAUGGGCGACGAAUGACCAGGGGACUCCUACUGCUCGUUCGUCUGAAGCCGUUCGACGCCACGAACAACGACAGAAGCGCAGCGAAUGACCUGCUACACUUCCGCCGCUCGUUCGCCUGAUGCCGUUCGACGCCUCAGUCGACCGAACCACCGAGGCUUCUCAACCCGCUGUGGGAGGCGACUUGGUGGGCGGCCAGCACCUUCAUCUGCAGACAGCAGCUGGGCCUCGCUCUGAACACUUGAUUCUGCUCUGGCUCCAGCUCUUCUCUCAUUCAGGUUUCCUCAGAACCGUGGGCUGGUUCUGGGUGCCUCACCUCUCCCCUCUCCCCUCUCCACACAUUGGACUCCCGUUACUGCAGUGACCCUGAUGCCCCUGCACCUCCCUCGUCUACCACGUCUACACCACUUCAAGGAUGAAGCUGUGCUGCCUCAUCACUGCCACUCCAAGGACGGGACGUGAGAAGAGGAAGAAGCCGUGCAAAGGAUCAUUGCUGAGUCCAGCAUGCUGAAGCCUUCGUGUUGGAGACUUCAGUGUUUGUGAGGCUUGUUGUGGGUUUCUUUACUUUAUUUAAAGUAAAUUGGUGUCUAA